AUGAAAGUCAGGGAUAUCCCUACAUUGGUCAUCGCUCCACCAGGGUUACUCAGCGAAUGGAAGAGGCAGUUCGCAGCCCACGUUGAUCCAGCCUCUAACCUCAACAUGCGUCUAGCCUUCGCAUCUAGAGCGCCCCUUAACAAGGUAUCGCCUGACCCUGCAGAAGUCAAGGGUGUCCUAAUUGAAGAAGAUCUCGAUGACGAUACCUCUGGCUGGUUGGGUGUUGCAGAGGACAAGCCUCCAAUUCCACCUUCCCCUCUACACAUUGCACACAAGAUCGGUGACGAUGCAGAAUACCGUUAG